AUUGAGAUGUUGAUGUAGCGAGUUGAGGUUAAGUUCACUAGUAAUAUCGAUUAAAUUCUUGAUGAACAUAGAAGUGCUUGUGUAGUAUUUUUCACACACACUCUGUUCUAUUUAUUCACAUUUUUGUACACUAUAAUAAAUGUAUCAAUGUCUUUUAUGGUCACAAAAGAUUUUCUAAUCUACAAAUUGUAUUGACUGAUAAUACUGUAUAUAUAAUAUUAAUAAUUUUUUAUAGUUAAUGUAAUGUAAUAAUUUUUAAAUUAAUUUCUGAAUGUUUUUUAUUACUAACGUCCGUUGGGAAGAAUAUUCACAAUGAAUGUCUCAUCACUACAAUGCCAUCUAUUAGCCUAGAAUAUGAUAGAGUGCACUGUAUCUGAUUAAUUUCGUUUGAAUUUGCUUUAUAUUGGUUAGAAACUGCGAAGUAUAAUUUUAAAGAGACUUUAGUUCUGUGGCAAAGGAUCUAAAAUAAAUAAUUUUUAAGCAUUGACUGUUUAUUCCUCAAAUGCUUGUAUUAAAGUCAAUGACGUUUAAAGUGAAUAAGGUAUAAUAAUAUAAAAAAUAAAAAUGAGUUUCACAUACAGUACUCCAAAGUCUCAACCCAGUACUACUCCUGCAAAUACUGUACCAACUACAACUUUUACAUUUGGAGUUGGUGGUGCUGGAGAUGCAGCGAAACCAACAGGAUUCUCGCUUACAUCUACGCCAGUACAAACUAAACCUGGUGGAGUAUUUGGUACUGGAUUAAGUGGUACUCCUGUUCAGAAUCCUGGCUUUACUUUUGGAACACCAACUGCUGCUCCUACAACCACUGUACCUUCACAAACACCUGGUUUAACAUUUAGUACUGGUACAACUGCGAGUACUGGCAUAACUCCUGCAGCAACUACUGCAACAGCUCCUACAGGAUUGUCUACACCAGCACCAGCUGGAAAUACUUUAAGCUUUAAUUUAGGAGGUACUACCACAGUGACAACAACAACAGCAGCGACCUCAGCUUUUGCAUCCAAGCUACUUACUGCUGGAUUUGCCUUGGGUGGUGGUGAAACUGUUGUAUCCACUGCUAGAACUGGCUUAACAUUUGGUACACCAAAUACAAUGACAACAGGAACUGGGUUUAAUCUUUCUGCAACACCUGUUGUAACUACUGCUAUAGCUACAACCACGACAGCAACAGGUUUCUCUUUAGGUGCAAGUGGUACAACAUCUGCAGCCACGGGAUUUACCUUCGGUACAGGGACAACUUCAACUAGCACAGCAGGAUUUUCUUUAAAUCAGACUGCAGCUACAGCAAGUCUCACAUCUACUCAAGCAUCAUUGGGUACAACUACAACUGUUAGUUCAUCUGUGGGUACACUUCAACCUGCUUCUAUAAAUUCAUUUGAAGAAUCCAUAAAUAAAUGGACCUUAGAACUAGAAGAGCAAGAAAAGGUAUUUGUAAACCAAGCUGAACAAGUUAACGCUUGGGAUAAAUUGCUUAUAAGCAAUGGAGAGAAAAUCGUAGCACUGAAUCAAGAAGUUGAGAGAGUCAAAAUUGAGCAGCAGCAGUUGGAGCAUGAAUUGGAUUAUGUUGUUGGUCAGCAGAAAGAGUUGCAAGACUGUUUAGUACCACUAGAAAAGGAAUUAGCAUCUCUUUCAGUAUCUGAUCCAGAAAGAGAAUACACAUAUCGUUUAGCGGAAGAUCUUGAUACUCAAUUAAAACGAAUGUCAGAAGAUUUGAAGGAAAUCAUUGAACAUUUAAAUCAGGCCAAUCGCACGCAGGAUUCCAGCGACCCCAUCGUCCAAAUUGGCAAAAUAUUGAAUGCUCAUAUGAACAGUUUACAGUGGUUAGAUCAGCAAACAACUUUGCUGAAUCAUAAGAUUCAGCAGAUCGAUCAGAUGCAUCAAAAUUUCAGACAAGAGAAUGAACGAAACUUCAAUUUAGCGUAUAAUUAGCGUUAAUCGCCGAAUUUUUUUAAUUGUACCAUGAAGUUCUUUUGCAAGAAGCAGAAGGUUCAUUUUGUAUCAAUCGCCUUUAUGCAUAAAAAAAACUCAAGGGUGUGUAAAAAAUAAAAAAUUUAUAUUGUAUGAAAACAGUUUGUUAAAAUUAAUGCGAUUCAAAUAGAUACUGAGGGCAAGAAA